UGCUGUUUUCAAACAGGUCCGCAACCAGAGAAUAUAAGCUCUCGCUGGCGGGCUCUGUAAGGUAAUUUCCUCUUGUUUCCUUGUUCACUGGGUAGAGAAGAUGUCUGGACGUGGUAAAGGCGGCAAAGGGCUCGGGAAAGGCGGCGCUAAGCGACACCGCAAGGUCCUGCGAGACAAUAUCCAGGGCAUCACCAAGCCCGCCAUCCGGCGCUUGGCUCGGCGCGGCGGCGUCAAGCGCAUUUCGGGGCUCAUCUACGAGGAGACUCGCGGUGUUCUCAAAGUGUUUCUGGAGAAUGUGAUCCGCGACGCCGUCACCUACACCGAGCACGCCAAGCGCAAGACGGUCACGGCCAUGGACGUGGUCUACGCGCUCAAGCGCCAGGGCCGCACUCUUUAUGGCUUCGGCGGCUGAGCGCGUCCACCGGCUCUAGGCCCUCCUUGGUCGCUUGCAUCACCACCCCUAACCCAAAGGCCCUUUUCAGGGCCCCCAAAGCAUCAGAAAGGAGCUGGGGAGACUUGAUCGGGAUGGGAGGAAGAUUACCUUAAAGAGGCUGGGUCGCUUAGGCAUUACCGAUGCGGCUUGCAUUGUUGUACAUGCAAAUCAAGCUGCGUGGGAGCACGUUCUCAUUGGACCGGUGGGCCUCGUGGCUCCGCCCCCCGGCUGGGGAACGUGAUCAGUAAGCUUGCUGAGUGCUGUUGGUCUGCGUGAAUGAUUUUUCUUUGCUUGUUUCUGGGUGCCAGGCCGAAAGCUGGCUUGGUGGCAGCUUCCCGCUCUGCGACUCUAGACCUGGGAAGUGGUGGUCGCUCACCAGAGGGAAAAGUCUGAAGAUCCACCUUCCGUAAGGGCAGCGGGAAUGAGGACUGGGGCGGAAGCUUGGGACCCCAAAUUCAAGUGACCCUGCAGCUUAAACUCGGCUUUGUCAGCUGUAGCCAUUUCCCUGCCUUAACGAUGUGCCUUUGACAAGGGAGGGCUCGGGGUCGUACUUUAGGUCAGGCUGGUCAGCUUCCCGAGUUCGGAUUCCACGGACCUGGCUCUAAGUCUCAUUUUAAGAAUGUCCUUAAGUCUCCAGAGAGGAGGGAUUAAAGAACCCCUGCUACUCUUAACAGAAGUCCUGGGUUGAUUUCUCAGCACCCAAGUGGGUUAGCUCAGUCACCUGUAGCUGCCUGCAGCUUCAGAGCAUCAAGAUGCCUUUGGCUUCCUUGGGCACCUGGACUCAGGUCUGCAUACCCACUCUCUCCAUACCCAUAACUGAAAAACUAACUUUUUUUAAGUGCCCUAGUUUUUUGACAUUUGAAGUUCACCAGUCUUCUCUCUGGCUGAGGAAUAGGAGACAUUCUUGGGCUUCCCUCAACAGGAACCUGGCAUUUCGUUCGGAAUGAUUAUCUCCUAUGAAAAGCUGUCUGGGGCGGGCACUUUGUGCCAUCUUUCAGCAGAUUUAAGUAUUGUUAAACAAAAGACUACUUUUUAGCUGUGGACGGGACAACGAAGAAUUAAAAACUUGGAACUUGGAUUUGAA